AUGAGCUCUCCCCGGACUCUCUUCGCCUUCUUCCUGGCUCUCAACAUGGCCGUCUCCGUCUUUGGCCUCAGCUGCCACAACGUGAACAACUGGUCCUCGUCAACGGUCCAUGACCGCCACUUCUGCACAGCCUACUUUGAAGUCGGAGACGGCCACGCAUCGUUCGGAGGAUCAAGAGCUCACCCAAAAGAUCUGCAGCCCACAUUCCGGUACGACUUCUUGAAUGAGGCCGACUGUCAGCUCCAGACAGACAUUCCAAUCAUGACCAUCCCGGGUGAGACAACCAGCAUCUGGGCCUGCAUCUGCUAUGAGAGCUUCUGCAACUUCCCCUUCAGCUUCGAGGAAUUCUCCCGACGAGGCCACACUCUCCGCCCAUCCUUCGUCCCUUCUCUGAUGCAUGAUGAUGACUCAUCUGCUGGACACCACUAA